CUACCAUAAGACCAGAUCGUCAGAUACUACGGUGAAAACAAUUUGUGCAGUGUAACCUUUUCUUUCGCUUUGCACUAAUCGACAAUUCACAACUUCCGCCAUAAACGAUUUUUUAUCAAGUUUAUGUUUUGAGCAUUUCUCAACAAAAUACACGCAAACGGGUGUCGAUAGUAACAUUUAUUGUGUUUGUUACGAUGUAUUAGGUUGAUUGAACUCGAUUCUAUGGACAUAUGGACAAUGUCAGCAGAAGGGAAUGUUACCAAUGGCAAUGCCACCUUGAGUUUCCAGCUAUCAUAUGUAUCGGCUGUGAGUUGUGGACUGUCUAUCUUCGGUGCCAUUGGAAUAUUGCUGACGUUUGUACUCUUUCCGGAUAUACGAAACACGACGCGAAAAUUGUUGAUAUUCUUGACCAUAGCUGACUUAAUACAGCCUACAGGAUAUUUAGCUGCAAUUGUGGUACAGGGUUUCGGAGACCACGUUAGUAACAAAGACUUCUGUAAGAUACAGAGUGCUGUAACAACCUACUCAAGCUUGGUAUCAUUCUUCCUAACUGUAGCUAUCGCCGGCUACUUGUUCGUAGCGAUUAACAGACGCAGCAUGUCUUCAACCUGUGUCCUUGUUGUAUCAAACGUUGUGUCAUGGGCAGUACCAGGAAUUAUCAUCGCCAUCGCAUUAAAUGCAGAGAUGCUGGGUCGGAAUGAUUCCGACCGUUCAGUAGGAACUGGACCGUGGUGCUGGGUUAAUUUUGACAAAUACAAAUUUGGGAAAUCUAUCGCCUAUAUGUCCAUGGCUGGAAAGGGCUGGGAGUUGGCCUGCUAUCUGCUAACAGCAACGUUUUACGUAUUGUUGAAAUUUAAACUGUACCUUCGCCAUCGGUUUAAACAUUUAAACGAAAUCAACGCUGAUCUUCGCGACGGCGACAAAAAUUUCCUGUAUGUUUGGCUGGUAUUGUUGGCCAUCCGAGCUUGGGGUACCAUACGCUUCUUUAUGCUGAUCGCUUCUGAGGGUGAAAUGCACUAUUACUCCGAGAAUCUAAAUACAGUGCUUUCGUACCUGCAAGCUAUUGGUGACCCCUCACAAGCGCUUUUCAACUUCAUUCUGUUCUGCUUGCUUGACCGCGAUGUGCGCCAGAAGAUGUGCCAAAGGUGUACGGUGUGUAGGACAGGGAAAUACGCGACGAUAUAUAACAACGAUGUCAAUUGUGACGAGACACAAGAGCGACGAAUCAUGACUGCCUCGAUUUAUGAAGAGUCGUAUACCGAUAACGGUCAUAUAGAUCAAGUGUCAAUACAGAAGUCAAAUGAACGAGCUGGAAUUCUUUCAAAGAGUGAUACCAGUUCCAAUGCCAUUGGGUCCAAACGAAAAUACGGCUCGGUUCCAGCUCCAUUGAACUCCUUUCUAAACAAGUCAUUUACAGUUUAGUUUAAGCCUUACAUACCAGUGUUACUUUUCAAAUCAACGAAGAUUUCGAAAACGUUUCGUACCUUACACUGUGAUUUUGUACUGAAUUCAAGGUUUAAGAAUUUAAUAUGCUCAAAUUUAUAUAGGUUUACUAUUCUUCUGACGCAAUUUACGUAAGGUGUUUUUGUCAAAAGAGACUUAUGUUAAGUGUAAUACAAUCUUAAUGUGUGAAUAGGUAAGCUAUAUAACAAUGACACGUGAUUUAGGUAUAUAUAUAUAUAUUCUUUAUUUCCUCCGAUAUCGAAGAUUCGAACAACAUAGUUAUACAAUAAUCACAAAGCAUGUUUAACAUAGAAAGAGUGGUAUGAUUUACAUAAUAAGUAAUCAUGAUUAAAUAUACAAACUAAAAAUUCUUAAUAUCAUCUUUUCAGCUGUUUUUAAAUUUUCAAUAUCACACACCACAGUCGAAAGCGAACGUUGGUGUAUUAUUUGUAAAAUUAUAAAGCUGUUCUAAUUUGAAGAUUGUGAUCUAAAACCAAAAAGUAGGUUAAUAUACAACAAGUAUUUGAUUA